CUCUGCCUUUUCUUGCUUGCAGAGCCUGGGCUUGGACCUCCAGUGGCUUUUUGGGGCCCGUGGAGAUUUCACUCGAGCCGUCACUGGCCUGACGGAAGAUUUCGGGAACACUGACCUGGACAACAAGCUUGCUUGUCGUGAGCUGAAUGACCGGAUCAUGAAGGUGGAGUACCACUUCCUCUCCCCGUAUGUCUCUCCCACGGACGUCCCCUUCCGCCACGUCUUCUUUGGUUCCGGCCCCCACACUCUGCAAGCGCUGGUGGACCACCUCCGCCUCCGGAGAACCAAGCCAGACGCCUUCAACGAGACCCUGUUCAGGAACCAGCUGGCCCUGGCCACGUGGAUCAUCCAGGGGGCUGCCAAUGCCCUCUCGGGGGACAUCUGGAACAUAGACAAUGAGUUCUGAGGUGGCCGAGCGCUUCAGGGGCGCCGCCACAGGGGACCUUUCCUCCUACAUAGCAGCACACCACAAAGUCCCCUUAGCCAUUCAGAGGGUUUCCAGAAGCCCAGACAAAAAUUGAAGCAAUUUUCAAAUUUCCAGAAUUGAAAAUUAAAUCAAAUCCGUGAGUGUCCUGACAUGAAUUUAGCUAAAUGUAGACUCCACUUUUUAUGUUCUGUCCUAAAGUCAGCAAGAGGGCUGUUUCAGAGUGAGCAAACCAAUGCCUCUAACAUGGAGAGCAUACAGCCAGCCAUCAUUCAAGUUGUUCCCAAGCUCUGCUAUAGUGGAGAGGAAAAGAUACUUAAUUUGCGGCAUGUUUUUUGAUGGCAGAAGCUGAGCCCGAAUCUCCCCUCUGCUCUUGUUAGAACUAUCUGUCUCUUGAGUACCAGAUCUCAAGCCCGCCAGCCCCUGGCGUAGAAUGAAUGCCGUUUGCCCAUGGGCAGAUCCAGCGUGGGCUGAGAGCUGCUUCUCCUGCCUUUGCAAGAGAACGGAGAAAGCCUUUCUGGACCUCUCCUGCGACUGCCCCUCUCCUUACUCAGGAAGGCCAUGCCAAAGACACGAUUCCUGACGACAGGACUGUGUGUAGUUCUGUGGUACUAUUUAAAAACUAAAACGAGCAUUCCUGCUCAGAGAGGGGCUUGUGGCACUUGACCCCUUGCUCUGAGGCCCUUCAGGAACCGUGGCUUCUCUCUCUGCUAGCAAAAUGUGGAGUGCUUUCAGGAGAGGCCGACUCUGCCUGCAUUGUGAUGUUGAGGUAUUUAUUAUUUAUUUAUCAGUGACAGUGUUCACUAUAAAUGGUAUUUGUUUUCUACAGAAGAUAAUUAUCGGAAGCAGUGACUUCCAUAAUUAUGACAGUUAUACUGUCGUUUUUUAUAAAAAAGCAGCAUCUGCUAGUACAAUCCAACCAUGAUAACUGGAACUUUUGCCAUCGGUUUCCCAGCGGCUUGCAUCAACAGCCCCGGUUGCACGAGGACACGUGUUCCCCUCCUGGGGGAACGCUGUUCUGGCAGGCGAAAGGGAAUCCUGGGGAGUGCUGCUGUUGGGCACAGCAACUGCAAAGCAGCAGCACCUUCUCUGACCGAUCUGAGGAAGCUGCUGGGCUUGUCUCCUCAGGGCCGGAGCCACAGUGCUGCUUUGCUUCACUGGGAGCUCGACGGUGGCGCCCGCCCACGCGAAGCGCUGACGGGCACCACUUCUUGGGUCCGCCUUCAGCCGCGUUUCUUAAGGUUAGUCUGGAGCAAGCCAUCGCAGGCCCAUGCCAGGCUGUGCUUGAAUGCACAGUCGCGGCAGCUGUUGUGUAAAACUUCCAGUACUAUGAUGUAUCAUGAGAACUUGGGCCACAUUAUCGGGGGCAGUGUCUCCCAUAAUGUUAAAGAACAAGGUAGUUUUUGCCUACCACAGUGUUGUAUCGGGGGCAGUGACCCCCAUAUGUUGCACUAAGGGUGUCUUAAUUAUCGGGGACAGUGUUUCCCAUAGUUUUUUUGUAAGUGCUCGCCACGCAAUGAAAUCUGUAGAGCAUGGUCGUUAGUAUCUAACCUGUAUAUUUGAACUUCUGCGAUUGUCUUCCUGAGUCUGGCCUCCCUUCUCACUGGCUGUGUGAGCUGAGCAGCCGUGCGCUGCGAGCAAAGCUCGCAGGGUCGCUGGCUGCUGCUGCCAGUGGUGCAUGGCCCAGAACUCUCCCUCGCCCUUGAAGAGCAGUAGGCUUCCUUCGAGUCUUAAUGCAUCCUGACCCUCUUCUCUCUCCUUCUGCAAGAACUUCUACUGAAUUCACAAUGGCUGGAUGAUGAUUUGAAUGUGUGUAUAUGUAGGUUUUGCUUUUGACUAAUGAAUCACUAGGCUGAACCGGGGGGAUCUUGGGAAUUGGUUCACAGAGGGCCGAAGUCAGGCAGUCUAGAGUGCUCGUCCGCUGCUCUACCCUUACCUGGAAUCAGAUGGAUACCUUUUUUUGUUAAGGUACACUUCAACAGAGGUGCUAUGUUCUGGCUCUCUCCGUAGAUGGGUCUCUUCCAUGCAUGCAUGGCCGUGAAGUACUGAUUCGAAGACUGCCUUGAGUGCAGCUGCUUAAUGGAAGAUUUCCAAAUUUGAGUGGUGCGUUGAGCUGGGGAGACUAGCCCCUUGAGCACUUUAAAAGCUAGCCCUUUAAGCUCCCCUCUACCAGUAAGUCAGUUUAGAUGCUUCUCAAACCUGCUGUCUAGCUGAGUUACUUUUCCAUGCAUGGUACUAUUUCACAUGGCACGUACAUGCCGCAUCUUCACAGUAAUCUUACUGGGUGUUCUUUCCAUAGUGCAUGUGCCUCGGAUGGGUAAUAAAAGCAUAUAUUGUGUAUUUGCUAAAAUGUAUGGACUGAUUUUGACUUUCACAAACCUCUGGAGUUCAUGUGUUUGUGCCGUAGUGCCGCAACUUUAAUUAGAAUUGGGGAUUGCUGUUUUGGUGUAGUGGUUGAUUGGACAAAAAUUGCAGGACUCGACUGACUAAUAAAGAAAAGUGAAAGCUUG